UCUAUUAGAAUAUCUUGUUCGUCAUAACUUUUGUAAAUAUUGGUUUUGAAGAAAUUUUUUAAUCAUAUUUAAAUAUACAACCUACCAACGUAACACUUUACAGUGCAUAACUACGAAGAUGUAAGAAUACCAAUCAAGCAGACUUUUCAUAAUGUAAACAUGGCUGGAUGUGGAAGUGUAUGCAAUAAUAGUCAUCUACUCCCAUACAGCACUAGGAAAAAUGAAAAUACAAUCCUUGAAUGCCGAGUUUGUGACGAAGUGUUUAGCCUGCAGGGUGAUAAAGUGCCGAGACUGCUGAUCUGUGGACACACAGUCUGCCACUACUGUGUCAGUCGCCUCACAGUGCAUGGACGGGUCAUACUGUGCCCAUUUGAUCGACAGCCAACUGACAUUGGUCAUUCUGGUAUUUGGGGCUUGAAGAAGAACUUUGCGUUGCUGGAGCUUCUUGAGAAACUCCAGUUCUCUCCACAGACCUGUACUCGUCCCUCUAGCUUCAACGAGGAAUCCCUUGCCAAGGAAAAACAGUUUGCCAUACCAUGUGAUGAGUCGGAGGACCACACAGCCGUCGUGUACUGCAUCACCUGCGAGACACACCUGUGCCUUGACUGCUCGGACACCAUCCACAACACGCGCACGCUGAACAAACACCGCCGGGUACCAAUCUCGGAGAAGCCCAGGGAGAACCCGAAAUGUUCUUACCACCCGAUGCACUUUGUGGAAUUUGCGUGCACUGAGGAGGAUUGCAAGACCAACCCACUGAUGUGCUAUAUCUGCAAGGACUAUGGAAGGCAUGUCAACCACAAGCACACCUUAUUGGAGACGGAGGCGGAGAAGCUUCGCACCUCGAUCCACAACGCCAUGGGCCACGUGAGGGGGUUUGGGGAGGAGGUGAGCGAUGCCAUACGCAAGAUCAGCUCCACCAUUCAACACAUGGAGGGGGGCUAUACGGUGGUACAGAACAACGAUAACAGCAGCGCAACCCAUCAGGUUCCUGGAACCAUAGAAGAAGCUCGCAUGAAAGUUCGGAACUAUUUCCACGAGCUCAGAGAGACUCUCAAUCGUCAGGAGGUGGUCGCCUUGACAACUGUGGACACUCACAUUCGUGAGAAGCUGUGCAUGCUACAACAACAACAGGAAGACAUGGCCAUGCUGCUGUCCCAGAUAUCGGCUGUGUGUCACCAGUGUGAGACAACCCUACAGAGUGAUGACACCAAGGUUCUAUUGGCAAAACAGGAGGUAGGCACUCUACUGGAUACGGUUCAGAAACAACAACAACAGUUCUCCGACCUUCAGGAGCACAUCAACCUUGAACCCCUCAUCCCGAUCACAUUCACAAAGGACAAUCGUGUUCAUAUCGGGCCAAAGAUUGAGAUGAGAGUGGUCAUCCUUGGUCUCGACGGGUCGGGGAAAACCAGUCUGCUCUUUAAGAUGAAGAAUAACGAGUUCAUAACAACCAUUCCUACUAUAGGUUUCAAUGUGGAAACAGUAGAAUAUAAGAAUGUGAAAUUGACAAUAUGGGAUGUAGGAGGCCAACACAAAAUACGACCGCUUUGGAAACAUUACUACUUCAACACUCAAGCUGUGAUAUUUGUGAUAGACAGCCACCACAAGGACAGACUCAAGGAGGCGCACAAUGCCCUGGUCAAGCUUGUACAGGAGAAAGAGUUAAAGGAUGCCUCCUUGCUCAUCUUUGCCAAUAAACAGGACCUUCAGCCGUGUUUGUCCCUAGAGGAGCUGACGGAGCAGUUUGGCCUGUUCAAGCUCUGCUGUAACCGCAGUUGGCAUAUACAGGCGUGUGACGCCAACACUGGCAUGGGCCUGCAGGAGGGCCUGGAGUGGCUCUCCAGGCAGAUUGUGGCCGCAGGAGCACCAGACUUGCCAUGAAACAGGGCUGGAGUGGCUCUCCAGGCAGAUUGUGGCCGCAGGAGCACCAGACUUGCCGUUAAACAGAGCUGGAGUGGCUCUCCAGGCAGAUUGUGGCCGCAGGAGCACCAGACUUGCCGUGAAAUAUUAGCACAGUUGAGAAGCGGUCUGGAAAAACUGGGCUUAAUUCAUGUGCCUAAAGUGUCAUCUUUUAUUAGCCUGUGCAGACAAACUUUCUGUCUAAACUGGAUUUUUGUUAAGGAGAAACUUCCUUGAUAGAAAAUUCCAUGAAAGUGGAAAUUGCCAUCUCUAAUUAGCCUAUGCAGACUGGGCAGAUUAUUCUGGGAAAACACUUUAUGCACAUUUAUUUAGCCCAGUUUUCACAAACGCUUCUGAAUUAUUCAAAUGUUGAUUUCAAGUGAGCCCCAUUGUGAUCUAAAAAUAUGUCAAACAUUUAACAGAGACACUGAUUUGCCAUGAAACUAGGAGAUCCUGUCAACAAAAGGACUGGAGUUGCUCCCAUUGUAGGUUAGUAAGGUAGUAGCUGCAUUGGGCUUUAGAUUUUCCUUUCAAAACAGGUCAUUACCCAGCUAGAUGAGAUCAGUUAUAACCCAGAUUUUCCAUGAAAAUGGAUCAUUCUUAUAAUGAGACUUAGAUUUACCAUGAAAAUAGGACAAUGAAAGGAACUGAAACCCGGAAUCCAUAUUAAUAUCAUGAAAAAAGAUCAUUUAUUGAACAUAUGCACUCAUUUUCCAUGAAAAUAGGAAUAUAUGUUGAAUAUAGCAGGAUAGAAGUCCUGGUGCUCCAGAAUUGCCUUACAAAAUUACAAAAUUAUCCCCCACCAUAUGCGCAGGGAUAUUGUUUUGGUGUUGUCCGCCCGUCCGUCUUUCCGUCCGUCCGGAGCCAUAUCUUGGAAGUGCUUUGGUGGAUUUCAUUGAAACUUGGUAUGAGUACAUAUAUGGAUAAAAGGAUGAUGCACUCCAAAUGGCAUUGUACAUCAUCUGUUAAUAACGGAGUUAUGGCCCCUUGUAUCUUAAAAAAAUGCUUUUUUGAGUGUCAAAUAUAACACUUGCGUGUCCAGAAGCAUAUUGGCAGGGGAUAUCAAUUCAACGAAUUUGCUUGUUCAUCUGAUGAAUUAAGACCCUAGUUUUCCUUGACAUAUGUGUUUGUAUAAUGUUUCAGACGCUAGUCUGUUAUGGGUUCAUUAACGCAUUUCCUUCUCAAAAGUUGCCAUUUUCCUGCAAUGUGCUUUUGGGUGGUCUAGGUGUAACAAAUAGUUCAGAUGAAUGUAGUUUAGAAUAAUUAUAUGGAUUGAAAUUGAAUGGUGCAUCCUCCGAGCAGAGUUUUAACUAGAAUCAGCAUAGCUGGAUCAAAUCACUGCCGUAAUUAUCAACCAUGUGAUGAUAGCCGAACCACAUGGUGCAAUAAUUUUUCCUGUGUUAUUAUAAAUUUUAUUAAUUAAGGUAAAAAAAAAUUAUUAUGAACCUUAAGUAACGGUAAUACACUAUUUAAAAAAAAUAAAAAAAUGAUACUACUUUUCAUAACAUUCUCUUGUGAUCACAGAGAUUGUUCGUGAGAGCAUGGAAUGACAACUCUUCAUGGAGAUUGUGUUUGUUGUAGGCAGAUCAUUUGUAUGGACCAGUUGCUUUUUUUUGUUGCCAUUAUUUAUUGCAACUUUGGCACACCAAUUGCUGUGAUUUUUUAAAUGUUGACUGUUGUUUGAUUGUUGGUGUACAAGACUUGAUAAUGAAUGUAUGCUCAUCAUACUGUUGCAACCUUAUGUUGCAGAAUAUUUUAAUAUGUUAUAAAUUGUUACACCAUCAAUGUUUGUGAACCAUCACAAAUAGUUAGAAUAUUAUACUUUUGUGAAAGGAUUAUGUAUUAAUCAUGAAGAGAACAAUUAAAAAAUAUAUGAGUGUCAGAAGAAAAUUGUUUGCCGUUAUUGAAUAAAUGUUAGCCACGCUGUGUGAAAAACAUGUUAGUGAAGUGUUGUCCACAAGCAGACUUCACAGGCUAAUCAGGGACGACACUUUCUGCCUACAGGAGAAUUGGAUUUGCAUUUAGAAGAUACUUUUUUAACAAUAUUUCCAUAAAAAUGGAAAGAACUGUCCUUGAUUAGCCUGCGAAAAAAGCAGAGGCUAAUCUGGAACAACACUUUACAUUACAUUAACCCUUUCCCUCUAAGAAGCAAAGUGAAAAUGGCUAUGUGCAAACCGGCAGUCUGUUCAGGUUUUAUGCAGUUUGCUGCUAACCAGUAUCUAAGGGUUGGAAUGAAGCCUUAAAAACUCGAAUCAAGUAAUAAAGGUCUUAAAUUAAAUUCAACUUUCUAAGAGACUACACAUGCGUUAAAAUACUAUCUAAGUGGUAAAGGGUAAAUAAUGUUUUUCACAGAGCGUCACUAAUAUGUGUGUGUCAGUAAAGGCUUAUUGUCAAGAAUGUCAUAAAUUUUAGUCAAUAAUUGUUUUAUAUGAUUUUUGGUGCAUAUUGAAAAAAUGUUCUUGUUUUUGUUGGUUUAUUUCUAAAAUCCAAGUGUUGAUGAAAUGAUUACAAAUAUAAUACACUUGUGUAUUCCCAAUUAAACUCUUUGUUGUAUUUCAUGGCAUAAAUAAAUAAAAAUAUACUUUUA